UUCACCUUCUUCAUACUCUCGAGUUGCGAUUUUAUGGAGUAAACCGAGUGUUUUAUCAUGGAAAAAAGACAAUGAAGUGUGCACUUUCAAAAAACCAACCGCAGACCUAAAAACACACAAAUAGACUAAAAAACCACGGGCAGAUAACCUUUUCUCUGUUAGAGCAUAAACAACGCACGGUACAUACACUGAACUAGCGCGUGUGUUUGAGUGGGCGGAAAUAGGGCAGGGGCAUCACAGGGCGACAUGGCCGAGUUCAAGCCUCGAUAACUUUUUUAUAAAUAAUAAUUUUCGCAAGAAAUUUGCUCAGGUAAAACAUCAGGAAUUUAAACUUCCAUAUCUCUUUAAACAAAAGUAAAAUUUCCACCAUAUUUUUUUUCUGAUCGUUUUGAAUAGGAACUUGAUGUUUUUUAAAAAGGUUGAUUCACACCUAAAUAAGCGCAUAGCUGACUGCUGCACAGUGACGUCAUUCGCGUAUCUCCGUUAAAUGGGCGAUCGACAGUGUACCAUAUUUCGUGCACAUGUUCCUUACAACGUGUAUGCUGCUAUAGGCAAGUUAGUCGCACGCCUUCAUUGCGCACCGUAGAAACUCGGGCGAUGGAAGACGGCCGUUGUGUCUAAUAAGCCACUGGUAACAGGGGGGCGGUAACUGGGCAGGGUACGGUACCGUGAAUCCUUUCUGCUUUUUAUCGAUUGAAGUUUGAGAAGUUUUGAGAAGUCUUUCUAAAGAGAAUGGCUACCCCAGUCGUCAGGGCAGAUGCACAAGAUGAUUUAGUUAUGGAAUUUGAGUGUGAGGAGGAUGGCAGUUGCGGGGAAAGCGGUGAAAAUGACAGUGUCAGUGGUAGUAGUGACAGUCCGGACAGUGGCAGCAGCAGUGAUACCGACAGCGAUGCAAGUGAUGCAGACGCCGGAGAACACGGGCGUAUCGUCGAGUGAACCUGGGCAAAAUGUUGGCGAUGCUGGAAGGGCCAACAACGCAAAUCGGCUUCAUGAAAAUGUCGAGGAUUGGUGUACAUGUGGAAGAUGUCGUGUGCCUCCAUCUUUCAAUGAAGGUGAUUGUGUCUGUUGUCAGGAAAUUGCAGAGGUCAAGGCAGAGGCUGAUCGACAGGGUUCAAGUUGUCUGGUGGAUUCUGAGGAGUUUGAGCCGGCCAUCCUAAAUGCGACAACAUUAUACAUCGGAUGGAUGGAGUACACAGAUAGGUGGCGCCGAGCAGCCAAAGCAUUUGGGGACAGGAACAAUGAAAAAUACAGGUAUGUGGCCUACAGGAAAGUCGUGAGAUGGUGUUGGGGCUGGCUCGGGAAGGACAUCAGGGUGCAACUGCCAGCAUGUGUCCAUGCCUCAAUAAUGGAAGCGUAUCCUGAUGGACGUGGUCAGUACAAAGGGACCAUCCUGCGUCGGUUGAGAUGAGGAUGUAAAAUCAACUAUUGUCUUGCGAACUUUGAAUGACUGUCAUCUUCUAUGUGAUUGUCAGCCAUCUUCUGUACGUUAUUUGUGAUCAUCGGCUUUCAUCUUCAUAUUCAUCACAAAUACUAUUGUUUGAACUUCUCAUGAUGGUAUGGUUGCUAUGAACUUUGAUCUCGACAUUUGAUUCUAAUUUCCAAGAGCUGAUAUUCGAACUUUUGCAAAACUGUGAUCAAGCAACGAUUUCUUAUGAGGAAGAAUGUUGAAAUCUAUAUAAACAAGCAACAACAAAAAAAAACAAAAAAAA